AUGCGUCAUCGUAGUGGUGGAGCCUCGGAUGCGGGCGUAUUCAGUGGAUGCGCAUUUGACCUUCAGGAAUCCACCCCACCUCCACCCUCUGGAGGAGCCAUUGCUGCUGGUGGUUCAAUGCAGUCAAGUACUCCAGUGCUUCCCCAUUUCCCCCUCUUCUCACCUCUCACUGGUAGUAGUUUUCCACGUGGGAAUGGAUUCGCCUCUACAGUGAAUACACCUAAAACCCCUACCACGACCACGGGAGGAUCUUCUGUCGCCACUGUUGUACCCUCGAAUCAACAAGGAACCGCCGCCGCUGCCGUUGCUGCUAGAAGCAAGAUUUCUGCUGACGCCACAAAAUUUCCGCGAAUGAGAUUGGAAAGUGGAGGUUCCCUUCUGGAAAACUAUGCUCGAGGAUUCACAACUCCCCCAUCCUCGUCCUCAUUGACUAACCAACCGUCGACAUCGUCUCAACAGCGCACUAGCGGCAGUGUUCGCAGUCUUGGAAAGUGUUCUCCACAGCCUCUGACGCCUUCUUCCGUCUCCAGCAUGCCAGCGGCCUUCAAAAACUUUAUUCCAUGGUGGACACCUGGAUCGGAUGUUGGUGAACGACAACAGCACAAUUUUCAUCAUCCAAACAAUGAGUAUCUCAAUUCACUGGUCACUGAUGAACUACGUACUCAACUUACCGUGAAUACCAAUCCUGAAGAUUCGCAUCAACGGCUUUUUAAAGAUCUAGCCCAGUCGCCCUUGAGUUGUCUUCUGCGCCAAAUGCAAAUCUCGAGUCAAUUGCACUCAGGAGCUCAGAGUUCUGGGGGAACUAAACGUGGAUCGUGGCUUUUUGAUGAUGACCCAUUGGGUGGAGUGACGACAAUGUCACCCUUGACCAGUCCCCGAGGUGUCUCUACACUGUCUGCUGGCCCAAGCACCCUCUCCUCCUCGUCUAUUCCUGCUGCUGCUACUGCUGCUUCUGUCUCGGGCUGCUCAGUGUCCGCACCCGUCUGCAUUCCAAGUAAUGGCGGUGGAAAUCGUGCUGACAGAGAGGCAUUCGAUUAUCCGUGCAGCUGCGAAUGCUGUCGUCGUGGGGGGCAAGUUGGUGGUGGAACCGAGAGCAGAGUUGGAGGUCACGACUCGGCAUUCAAUAGUGGAAGCACGUCAGCCGCAGUUUGUGAAUUCGGAGCUGUGGGAAGCGUUUCGUUGCACUCGAUAACUUCUGAAGGACAUGACAGUGCUCUUGCACUCUCUGAGGCCAAGGAAGAACCGACCACACCUGAUUUGCCGUCUUUACUUCAGGAUAAGUCUGGAGGAUUCGGAUCUCUGCUCCUGGCUAAUGUCUACCAAUCACAAGGCCUUCUUCAAGGGUCCAAUGAAGCGUCGAAAACAACGACUUCAGCCGGUGGAACUACAUCAGGAGCUAUUAGCGAUAUUGAUAAGUCUGGUGCUUUCUCACUCUCCACCACCCAAUCACCCAUUCUCCAUUCCUCGCCCUUCAGUAGUAAUCCUCCUUCUGAUUUACAACGCAUGGCCAUGCUUCAGGAACUUGAAGAGACGAGAUCCAAGCUGGAUGCUUCCCUUCAAGACUUGGAAGCUCUUCGAUGUGAAUAUGCAGAUCAAGCUCAACAGACUCUAGCUCUUCAAAUUGUGGUUCGUCAGGUUGUUAUGAUUCUCUUCAACCAUCUCACUGAGGUUCGACGAAUGCAAGAGAAGGCUCCGCAAACCCCACCAUCUACAAGUAGUCCAUCUUCUACAUCUACCACUGCUGCUUCAAGCAUUCGUGACGGCGCGAGUUUGAAUCUCCUGAAUGACCUUCUGAAGGUGCUCUUGUGUGAUCCAAUAGUGAGAAAUGCGUUGAAUAAUGAAAACGCUAACGUACCGGUUAAUACUACUCAAAUGCCUACAAGUACCACUGGAACAAGACUCAAACGACCCUCAUCACUUAGAAGGAAAUCAUCGUCAAAUGUAACCCCAUUGUUAACUAUUUCUUUGAAUUAUUAG